AUGGUGAAGCGGACCUGCAUUUACUUGCCUGAAGAUUUUGUGAGACAUUCUGUUGAGGCUACCGGUGAAGACACUCCUUCGAUUCAGGUUGGUGAAAGCCAUGGCAUGGGCUUGAUAUCACUCGAUCAUCAUGGAGCGGUCAAGAUAGAAACUCCUGAAAUAGGAGUUGAGAAUAGAGGAAUGGUGGGUUCUUGUAAUGUUUUGGUAUGUUUAUAUCAUGGGUGGAGGAAUAUUACCUUAUGGAAUCCUGCUACUAGAGAACAGAGGACUCUGCCUUCACCUCGCAUGGACAACAAGUUCUAUUCCACGCUGAUGAGGGCGGUGGGAUUUGGUUACCAUCUUAAUGAUUACAAGGUGGUGAGAAUUGAGUAUUCCCUUGAAGGACCUCCAGUUCCAGCCGAAGUUAAGGUGUUCCGUACGAGUACAGGUUCUUGGAGCGUGGUCGAUGCCAUUGUGCCCUGUUUUCUCUGGCCGCAUAAGUGUUCGGUAAUCCUCAAAGGAGUGCCAUAUUGGCUGGGUUUUGAAUCUUUUUGGAAAGACGAAAUGUAUGUGCGUAAGGAGUUUGUGGUAUGUUUUGACAUGGGGAAGGUAGUGUUUCGGCAAGUGCAUGUCCCAGAUGCAGAAGGUAUAUAA